CAUUGAAUGUGUGGUUUCGUGUUUGUGUUCGUAUUUGUUUAUGGUUUGUGAUGGAUAAGGAGGCUACGUUGUUAUGAAAAUUUUGCUCGAUAUUUUGCAUAAUGUCGAAGAAAGUAGUGUCGUACUUUUACAAUCCAGAUGUGGGCAAUUUCCAUUAUGGACCAGGACAUCCUAUGAAACCACACAGACUUUCUGUUAUUCACAGUCUGGUUCUGAAUUAUGGACUUUAUAAAAAAAUGCAGAUUUAUAGACCAUACCGCGCGUCAGCACAUGACAUGUGUAGAUUUCAUUCUGAUGAAUACAUAGACUUUCUCCAGCGUGUGACACCACAGAAUUUGCAGGGCUACACGAAAUAUUUAAGUCACUUUAAUGUUGGUGAUGACUGUCCAGUUUUCGAAGGACUGUUUGACUUUUGCUCAAUGUAUACAGGAGCUUCAUUGGAGGGUGCAAUGAAGUUGAAUAACAAUUGCUGCGAUAUAGCAAUAAACUGGUCCGGUGGUUUGCAUCAUGCCAAAAAAUUUGAAGCUUCAGGUUUUUGUUAUGUGAAUGACAUUGUAAUAGCAAUCUUAGAACUUCUGAAGUAUCAUGCUCGUGUGUUGUACAUAGAUAUUGACGUUCAUCAUGGGGACGGCGUGCAGGAAGCGUUUUACUUGACAGAUAGGGUGAUGACAGUUUCUUUUCAUAAAUACGGAAAUUAUUUUUUUCCUGGUACUGGUGAUAUGUACGAAAUAGGAGCUGAAAGUGGUCGUUAUUAUUCCGUGAAUGUACCCUUAAAGGAGGGUAUCGAUGACUCGAGUUAUUUUCAAGUGUUCAAACCUGUUAUAUCAAGUGUGAUGGAAUUCUACCAACCUACUGCCAUAGUUUUACAAUGUGGUGCAGACUCUCUUGCAAAUGACCGCCUUGGAUGCUUCAGCUUAAGCACGAAAGGUCAUGGUGAAUGUGUGAAAUUUGUGAGGGAUUUAAAUGUGCCUCUUUUGGCAGUUGGAGGAGGGGGCUAUACAUUAAGAAAUGUUGCUAGAUGUUGGACAUAUGAAACAUCACUCCUCGUAGAUGAACAAAUUAGUAAUGAACUACCAUAUACUGAAUACUUAGAGUACUUUGCUCCUGAUUUUACAUUGCAUCCAGAGGUUGUAACCCGUCAAGAUAAUGCAAAUAGCAAGCAGUAUUUAGAAACAAUAACAAAACAUGUGUAUGAUAAUUUGAAAAUGUGUCAGCAUUCUCCCAGUGUACAAAUGCAUGAUGUUCCAGGAGAUGCCUUUCCAUCCCAAGAUGAAGUUGGACAUGAUGAACCAGAUCCUGAUGUGCGAGUAAGUCAAGCAGAAGAGGAUCGGAGGAUUGAGCAAAAAAAUGAGUUUUAUGAUGGAGAUGAGGAUCAAGAUAAGGAGAAUUUAGGUCCAUGAGAUUCCUGAUCAGGAGAUAUAUGCAUGUAGAAUCAUGUUUUUAUAAGAGUGAUCAUCAUGCAAACUUAGAUGUAAGGCUAAUUGUAUUUUUAACUUUUAUUUUUAGUAGAAAUUGAAAGAGAUUUUGCCACUAAAUCUUAUUAACUUUUGGCAGCAUUCUAUUUUUACGUUUAAUGUUUAGGGGUAAUAACUAAAGAGAUAAGGUCACUUCUUAUCUGACAGAAUUGUUAACACAUUCAUUGUGUUGAGAUGUGCCAGACUGUUCUUCCAUUUCAGAUAAUCGUUUCAUAUUUCAUGAAAUUUUCAACAGUUAUACUGUAUAGAUAAGUUACUAAUACUACAUCAGUUUUUCAAUCAAGUGCCCUCUAAUGGUGUAGCAGUGGUACUUUUGGUCAGUGUGCAUAAGCUGUGCUUGACUAUAGCCUAUAAAAUUAGUUUAUGAUGCAAACUACUAAAAAUUGCUAACAGACUUAGUGUGACUCUUUAGGCUAACAUUCAAAAAGAUACAUUUGUUUUGGUCUUACUAUUUUGUUACUUUGCUU